AGUUGGAAGAGCGAGGGUUCCCUUUUCCGUUCCCUGCUGCGGCGCUUGCAGCUGGUGGGUUGGAACUUUCACGCUCGCGGGAUUCGAAACGUCACAAUGGCUCAGAACGUUCAGAGUGUUACAUUGUCUCUCACGCUGCCCAUCACUUGCCACAUUUGCUUGGGAAAGGUGCGUCACCCGGUCAUCUGUGCCAACAACCACGUCUUCUGCUCUAUUUGCAUUGAAGUGUGGCUGAAGAACAACAGCCAGUGUCCUGCUUGUAGGAUACCCAUCACCCCCGACAACCCUUGCAAAGAGGUCCUAGGAGGAACGAGCGAAAGCAACCCUGUGUUUAGCCCUACCAUCCGAAAACAGCUUCGCAAAACCAGACUCGAGAUACUGCACAAAGAAUAUGAGGAUGAGAUAGAAUCGCUACAGAAAGAGUUGGAAACUCUGAAAGGAGAAAACCUCAGCCUGGAGUCCCAGCUCAAAUCUGUCCUGCACCCCGAGACCCUGCAGGUGCCAGAGAGAACUCAGGAGAGUCCACAACCUUCGGACAAUGAGCACAAAGUGGACGCCGAGACUUUGGCAGCAUGGACCCAGAAGCUUCAGGCUGCCAAUGACAUGUAUGAGAAAGUGAAGGAGGACAUGGAAAAAUUAAUGGAGGUGAAUAAGAAACUGAGGCUUGAAAACGGUAGCCUUGCCAGGGAGAACUUGCAGCUGAAGGCUGAGGUUGGAAGCCGGUCGCCCCAGAGGUUAGGGAGGUUUACCGUGGCAGCCCUUCAGACCAGGCUGGAGCAAUGUGAGCAGGAAACAAACCGUCUUAAGAAGGCGUUGGAGAGAAGCGAUGCCUACGUAGAAGACCUGGAAUCCCAGAUUGCACAGAUGAAGCGGGAAUGGGACCAGAGGAAACCCGCAAGCCCAGAAAAUGUAACUGCCGUCUCCAUGGAGGAUAAAGACUGUGAAAGCCCCACCAGCAAGGCUGUCCAGAGCCCCCAAGAACCCAUAGAUCCGACCUGUUUAUGUGCUAGUCAUACCCCUGUUGAUCUCGAAGAGCCAGCAGGACUUUUAGGGAGCAGCAAUGAUGUCUGCUUAAAUUCAGCUAGCCAGGCUUGUUCGGAUGAUCCAGUUACCCCAGAGCCUGCUGGAAGAGAUGUUUUUCGAAGUUCUCAAGAGGGUCUUUUGGACGUUGGCAGCUCUGAUAUGGAUACCUGUUCAGAGCCAGCCUGGGAUAAAAUUGAGGACUGCGCACCCUAUAAAGAAGAACUCUACGAUCUUCCAGAUCCGUGCACCCCAUUGUCUCUCAGUUGCUUGCAGUUAAACACUCCCAACAAUAAGGACGACCCGGCUGUGAAAGAGGAAAGCCAGAGUGAGCCAUCCACCUUCCUAAGGAAAUUGGAAUUUGAGGAUUUCGGAGAGGCCUCCGACGACUGUAACAAAGAUUCCCCAGAGCACAGUGUAAGCAGUUGUGAGAGCAGCGAACCUAAGGAAGGUUGUUUCUCUUCGGACAAACCAGACUUUUGGAAUAGGUGCCAGCCGCGUUACGGCGAGAACUUGGACUUCGAAGGCUCGGAGCCCAACACGGCCACCAGCGACUCGGCCGAAUCUUUACCGAAAUUGAGCGAAAAGAGCCACAAUCCAGGCGUGCUGAAAAAACUGCACUCCAUCCGCUCUUCGGAAAUGAAUCGCACCAGGACGUCUAGCGAGGCGUCCAUGGACGCGGCUUACCUUGAUAAGAUCUCCGAACUGGAUUCCAUGAUGUCCGAAUCGGACAACAGCAAGAGCCCCUAUUAUACCUCCAGAUCCUCUUCUGACUUGGAUAAUUCUUGCAAGACGACCCAGGGCCCCGACCACUUAAACGAAAACGGUAAGAACGAAAAGGAAAGGAAAGAGCCACGUUCUCUAAAGAGUCCUUUGAGCAGGGAUCCUUCAGAAGAGGGCAACGAGUGGAAAUUUGCGACUUUUUCCAUCCUUUCUCCAUCGUCACUAGACACUACGGAGCCUUUCCCGCUGUUUUCAGGCCGGACUUCUGAAACGAGCGAAGUGAAGCCUCAGAGCUUCUUAUUCCAGCGAGAGCUUUCCCCGAGCUUUCUCUUCAGCAGCUCUCAAGGACCUUUUGACGAGAACAAACUUGGCUCCUCUUUAUUUAAGGUGGCUCCUGAGCUGCAAAACCUCCAUAACCAACUCCAGUCUCCUUGGUCGUCGUCGUUCGUCCCCGACAGAAAAGCCAAAAGCAUCCAUUCGUCGGCGAAAAGGAAAAUCCAGAGCAGCCUGUCCAGUGCGAGUCCGUCAAAAACCACCAAGAACUGAUUUGUUAUGUCUUCUUUUUUGUUCGUUUAUUUUUUAAAGCAAAUAUAUAUAUAUAUAUAGUGCCCAACGUGGAAAAUGUUCACAUUCUCACUCUCCACCUUAUCUCUACAGGAUAUUCUUCACCAGGCUUCCUUUGAUCUCAGUCUGUCCAUUAGCCGAAAUGCUGAGUGAUGGAGCUUGAAUAUUCUCUCUGUGUCUUGAGUGUAACGAGCUAUUCAUUGAGAAAAGCUCUUCAGAACAUGCAUCACUUGAUGUUCUUCAAGUUUUGAUAUCUUGGGUUAUUUUUUAAAAUUUAGGUUGUACGAAGUCCACUACUCUUUAUAUGCCCAGUUACUGAGUGUGACAGAUCUUCAAAAUGGUUCAGCAUUUGAAACCAAUCUCUCCUUAGGGUAAGGCACCUCUGGAAAGCUGUGUAGCUGUUUUCCUCAGACAACAUUGAUGGCAACUGUUACCUAGCCUGGCUUCUUGUAGAACCCGGCUCUGAGAAUAAAAAAAAACACGUUUGCCUCUUCCUUAGCUGCAUGAGUCGGUCUAUCUCUGUGCUGAAUUAUAGCUUUUAAUGUGUAGCUGUUAACUUUUUUUCUUUUGACAAGUCUUUAGUUUGGGGGGGAGGGAUGUCAGUUUGCUUCAGUUGGAAAAUCCAGAGGGUUUUUUUCUUCUUUUUUUAAAGAAAAUUUGGUUAAACACUGCUUUUAAUUCUCUCCCCUUCCCUCCCCAUCCCAAUCACUCCUCCCCCCCACCCGGCCCCGGUGCUCCAUUGUUGUACAAGAAUAUGUGAUUUGUGUCUGUGUAGUUCAUCAAAAAAAAUGGGUUGGUAUGCUAAUGGAUUGUUUACCGAAUGUGCAUUUUACAUGAAUACUGUACUGUUUUACAUUAAUACUGCAUGAUUUUUCUAUGUGGAGUGAAUAAAAAAAAAAAAGUCACAA